UCACUUUCUGUCGAUUUCCUUUGCUUUCACUGCUUUCAGGGAGUGCGACACCCAUUCUUGUUUGUUUGACUUGGUGGCGGCAUUUAGACCCAACGCAAUGAGCGCCGCCGAGCUUUUAGAGAAUGAGGCCUUGUUGGACGAUGAGGAAAAUGAUGAAGACUACGACGAGGAGACCGGUGAAGUAGCUAGAGGCACUGCUGAUCGAAAUGGCCACUAUGACGAUUCCAGUGAGGAGGAAGAAGACGAAGAUGAAGACGCCGCUCGUGCUGUCCGCGAGGGUUUCAUUGUCGACGAAGACGAAGAAGAGGAAGAGAGGUCUGAAAGACGACGAGAAAAGAAAAAGCGACGCCGUGAAGAGCGUGCACUCGAGGAUGAGGACCUGGACGAGGAAGAUAUCUAUCUUAUCGGGGAGAAUAACCCGGACUUUGAACCUCCUGUUUCUUAUGAGUCGAAAUUUAAGCGGCUGAAGCGCGGGCAUAAAGGUGAUCGAGACCGUGCCGUGUCUCAGGGAAUCAACGAUAUAUUCAACUCCGACGAAGAGGAGGAUGAGGUCGACCGAUAUCGGAUGGGUGCCCGAGAUAGAAGGGGGCUUCACGAUGACCUCGAUGAUUUCAUCGAAGAGGAUGUGUUUUCCGACGAAGAGCGCGAGCGCAUGCGGGAAGACGAAGAGAUCGCUCGCCCAGUUAAAAAAGGAAUCUCUGGACUUGCUGUUACAGAGGCGACUGGCCUCGAUGAAGCUGCCCUCGAGGAUAUGCGUGCUGCUUUCGGUGAUGGAACCGAUUAUCUCUUCGCCCUUGAAAUGGAAGAAGAUGAAGAUGAAGAAGAACGUGGGGAUGAAGAAAAGCCACUUGACCUAAAAGAUGUUUUUGAGCCAUCACAACUGGCUGAAAAGAUGAUGACGGAGGAAGACAACGAGAUCCGCUUUACUGACGAACCCGAGCGCUACCAGAUAGCAAGAAAGCCUUAUAAGCACGUCAUCCUGAGCGAAGAACAAUUUAAGGAAGAAGCCAUAUGGAUUUCAAAUCUUAUGUUACUGAAAAAGCGCCUGGAACCAGACUUACGCGAGCCAUUCCAGAGAGCUAUUGUCAAGGUCCUUGAAUUUAUGGUUACUGAUGACUGGGAAGUGCCGUUCAUCUUUCAACAUCGCAAGGAUUACUUGAUUCAUGCGGCAAAGGUUCCAAUGUCCCCUAGCGCACCCAAUCCCGAUGGGCAGGACUACGUUAUUAGAGCAGAGAAACUCUUAAACAUGACUGAUCUGUGGGAUAUCUUCGAGUAUGACCUAAAGUUCCGCGCACUUGUUGACAAGAGGAACAUCCUUCAGCGGACCUAUGACAACCUUAAGAACGUCGCAAACGUCAAAGACGAAGUGUUUGAGCAGAUGUUACCUGCUGUGGUGACCAUGGAGGAACUUCAGGACCUCCAGGAUUAUAUCUAUUUUGAGUACUCAUCCGAACUUAAAGAUGUUGCGAUGGUGAAUGGAAAUGGAGAGAAUGGGGCCGUUCAUCAACGCCGAAAAGCCGCGACCAAAACUUUCUAUGAGCGUAUCCGCAAUAGCAAGGCUUACGGUCUUGUUCGUGCGUUCGGAAUUACACCAGACGGAUUUGCCCAAAACGCUAUGAAGGAAGCAAAGAGACAUCAUAUUGAUGACCCCACUGAGCUACCCGAAGAUAUGGCGGACGGGCUCCUUGACACUCACUUUGCAAACGGUUUACACGCGCUCAAGGCUGCCAAGACAAUGUUUGCAGAACAGUUGAUAAUGAGCCCAAAAGUAAGGAAGGAAUUAAGACGAGCCUUCUAUAUGAAUGGCGUUAUCGAUUGUUUCAGGACUGAAAAGGGCCUAAAAAAGAUUGAUGAACAUCACCCUUAUUACGAAUUUAAGUAUUUGCGAAAUCAGCAACUGAGUGACAUUGCACGCCGACCAGAACUAUUCCUGCGCAUGCUGAAAGCGGAAGAAGAAGGCUUGGUGGACGUCAACGUUCGGUUCCAAAAUUUUGAUAAUUAUAAGAAACGACUUUAUCGUGAUAUCCAAUCCGACAACUUCAGUGAAGUAGCCGAUGCCUGGAACAAAGCGAGAAAGGAAGUGCUUGACAUGGCACUUGCACGGCUCGACAAGAUCAUGAGUCGCGGAGUCAAGGAAAAUAUCAAGACUGAAUGUGAGAACCACGUCGCUAAGGAAUGCCGAGAAGCUUUCUCCUUACGACUCGAUCAAGCUCCGUACAAGCCUAAAGGCAUGAUCCUUGGCACUAUUCCCCGUGUCCUCACUUUAUCAGCCGGUGCUGGUAUCAUUGGCAAAGACCCAAUAUACUGGGCGUGGGUUGAAGAGGAUGGCCGAGUCUUGGAAAACGGCAAAUUUACCGACCUCACUCUCGGUGAUCCAGACCGCAUGAUUUCAGACGGUAGAGACGUGAACUCUCUCAUAGAUCUCGUCGAACGGCGCAAACCUGAUGUGAUUGGCAUUUCCGGGAUGUCUCCAGAAACCCGCAAACUUUACAAGCAACUCGCAGAGCUCAUCGAUGCAAAGAAUCUCCGCAGCUCGCCAUAUACCAACGAUAAUGAUGAUGAAGUUAGCGAUCCUCUCGAAGUAGUCAUAGUGAACGACGAAGUGGCAAGACUGUAUCAUACCAGCGACAAGGCCAGAUCAGAGCACCCCGGUCUUCACCCAUUGACCAUCUACUGCGUUUCUCUCGCCAAAUAUCUACAGAAUCCAAUGAAAGAGUACGCUUCGUUAGGACGGGACAUAGUGUCUAUUCAAUUUAAACCAGGCCAGCAACUUAUCUCUCAGGAGAAGCUCUUGAAGCAACUCGAAAGUGCUUUGGUUGAUAUGGUGAACUUAUGUGGUGUGGAUAUCAAUGAAGCUGUCAAUGAUCCGGCUACCGCUAACCUUCUCACUUAUGUGAGCGGUCUCGGCCCUCGAAAGGCCUCCCAGUUGCUGAAAAUCAUCAACAUGAACGGUGGUGUUGUGAAUAACCGCAUGGAGUUACUAGGAGUCAACGCGCAGUAUCCUGCAAUGGGCGUGAAAGUAUGGAACAAUUGUGCCAGUUUCCUCUACAUCGACUACGACACGGCCGAUCCCGACACUGAUUAUUUGGACAAUACUCGUGUUCAUCCAGAAGACUAUGAUAUUGGUCGCAAGAUGGCCGCCGAUGCGCUCGAACUCGAUGAAGAAGAUAUCAAAGCGGAGACAGAUGAGAACGGGCCCGGCGCUAUCGUUAGAAAGCUCGUUAAGGAGGAUGCUCAAGAAAAAGUCAACGACCUUAUUCUGGAAGAGUAUGCCGAGCAACUCGAAAAGAAUCUUAACCAGAGAAAACGCGCUACUCUUGAGACUAUACGUGCUGAACUACAGCAGCCUUAUGAGGAAUUACGAAAGCAAUUCGUCUUCCUUAGCACAGAUGCCAUCUUUACAAUGUUUACCGGCGAGACUGCGGACACCUUGGCCGAAGGCAUGGUUGUACCUGUCACUAUCAAACGAAUAACCGACGACCACAUUGACGGCAAACUUGACUGUGGAGUUGAUGUCCUCAUACCCGAGAUGGAGCUCACCGACCGAUAUGAUAUCCCCGUCCGAAGUCUAUAUUCCAUUCACCAAACUGUCCCUGCGAAACUGCUCUACUUGAACCGCAAAGCUUUCAUUGCCAACGCAUCUCUCCGCGAAGACCAGGUCAUUAGGCCGUAUCGCCGCGAAUUCGAUCAUAUGCGCGAUGAAUGGGAUGACAAGCAAGAGCACCAAGAUCAAGAAGCAAUGAAGGAGGAGACUAAGACGAGCACUCGUACACUCAGAGUUAUUAAGCAUCCGCUUUUCCGCCCAUUCAAUGGUCCUCAGGCUGAGGAAUUCCUCGCUUCGCAAAGUCGUGGAGACGCAGUCAUUCGACCUUCCUCUAAGGGCCCUGACCAUCUCGCAGUAACAUGGAAGGUGUCAGAUGGAGUAUACCAGCAUAUUGAUGUGUUAGAACUUGACAAAGAAAACGAGUUCUCCGUCGGCAAAAUUCUCAAAAUUGGCGGGAAGUAUUCGUACAGCGAUCUCGACGAGUUGAUUGUCAAUCAUGUCAAGGCCAUGGCAAGAAAGGUGGAUGAUAUGACAAUCCAUGAGAAAUAUCAGUCCGGCUCAAAAGAGGCUACAGAACGUUGGUUAACAACAUACACAACCGCCAACCCUACUCGUUCUGCCUACGCCUUUUGCAUCGACCCCAAACACCCGGGCUACUUCCACCUGUGCUUCAAGGCGGGCCAAAAUGCGUCAAUGAACAGCUGGCCAGUAAAAGUGAUUCCCCAGGGAUACGAAUUGCAACGGAACCCAUAUCCAGACAUGAUGGCGUUAUGCAACGGAUUCAAGACGAUGUAUGCGAAUGUGUUGGCCGGAAAGAAGGGACGAAGAUGAAAACCAGGACAGCUUUUUUGUUUUCUUACGUGUAUUUCUAUGGGGAAAAACUUCAUGGUACUCGCUCGUCCUUUAGCUUCUUUCAUAGGUGUUUAGGGUUUCGAAAGGAUAGGAGCUACUUUCUUCUUCUCCCGGUUUUAUGUCAUGGAUAAAUCAAUCGAUAGUAUAAGAAUUGGGUUGAUCAUAAUAUUAGUGUGUUCAGACUGAAGACUUUAAGAGGUGUGUAUAUAAACAUCAUAGUCAAUGUCCGUUGUGUUUUGGAACUUUUUGCACUCUGAUGGCUGUAAGUAAAACAAUGCAAUAGUAAUUCCAUUCUCCUGAGCGAGUAGAAACCCUCCCAACAUUUUUCUUCAUGCAUAAACUUAUUAGAUGCAAAAGCCCCUCUAUCCAAAACGUCAAACACGAAAUUUUCAUAGCCUUCUCUCGCCAACCCAAACCGAAUAUCGCAAGCAAACUGACACAGAAGCCAUAACUUAAUCACCGAACCCACCAAAAAAGAGAUUUUAACCGUGCAAGGUAUCGUAUAGCAUUCCCAUCUCUCCACCUCUACCACUCGACUCUCCCACUUUCCUUCGAUCCUUCCCACGUCUUUGUCUUCCUUUCUCGGGGGCAUCCAUGGAUAGCCCCGGUAGAUACUCGACAAUGGCUCUGCUCUUCGCGCGAUAAUGUUCAACAAUGCCGCCUGCCAACAGCCUCUGCAGCGCAGCCAUUCUGCACCAUUUCCACCAUCUGUUGAGAUUUAAGGGUGCGAAGCGGUGGAAUUUUAGCCCAGCACGGGUGCCGUAGGACUCGCUCUUCUCGUGGUCGAUGGACUGUCUGAAUCGCGGACCGUGACGCGGGUUUUCAAUGGUCGUAAGGAUAGCGUCAAAGUGCAUGUGGAGGGUGCGCUUGGAUUUCUUGCUAAUGUGACGACCGGAUAUUUUGGCAAGGUCCUGGAUCUUCCCUUCGAUGGCAGGUGUGUUGUGAUACGGCUUGUAGCGCUGUACGAGCAGCGCGCCGUUGUCGUCACGGUAAUCAUCCUGGGAGAUAUCAUCGUGGGAGAUCUGUAGAUCAUAUUCUGACUCGUCGAUUUCUUCGUCUUCUUCUUGGGGAGAGAAGCUUUUCUCGUAGAGGAGUGCGAUGUUUUGCCCUGCUGCGGUUUGCACCUCAGGCUCGGUGCUGUCGAGCUGAUCCGCAAAGGUCUCCAUUGCGUCUUCGCUGAGAUGUUCCAAGUCAUCGACUCCGGUUGCAAGGAGGCCCCAUUCCUGCAGAGCUGCCGUGACGAUUUCCGGAUCGUCUGGAGUUUCAAUAAAGUGGCCGUCUGACAUGAUAAUUUCCAUCAAAAAUUCCAUCUCGUCCAACAAUUCAUCUUCGGAUGCACCGCCGAAGAACGCAGAUGCACCCAAACAGCGUAUCGCAGCUGAUUUGAUCGCAAGAGACGAAGAGCCGGCUAUCUUCCGUCGAACAACCGAGCCUGUCUUGUCGUACACGGCACCGCUCAACGUCGUUACCGCCGUAAGCGCUAUCGCCUUCAACGCUAGAAUUGUCUCCUUUUCUGUCGAUUCCUGCUUGAUACUUUGCAAGAAAGCCGUCAAAAGAUUUCCCACAUUGUGUUCCAUCUCAUCUGCCGCGUAGUGGCGCGCCAGAAUGCGCCCG